AUGGGUAUCUCUCGUGACUCUCGCCACAAGCGCUCCGCCUCCGGUGCCAAGCGCGCCUACUACCGGAAGAAGCGCGCUUUCGAGGCUGGCCGCCAGGGUGCCAACACCAAGAUCGGCGCCAAGCGAAUCCACACCGUCCGCACUCGUGGUGGUAACCACAAGUACCGUGCCCUGCGUCUCGACUCCGGCAACUUCGCCUGGGCCUCCGAGGGCUGCACCCGCAAGACCCGUGUCAUUGCCGUCGCCUACCACCCUUCCAACAACGAGCUGGUCCGAACCAACACCCUGACCCGUAGCGCCAUCGUCCAGAUCGACGCUGCUCCUUUCCGACAGUGGUACGAGUCCCACUACGGCCAGCCCAUCGGCCGUAGACGCCAGAAGGCCCAGGCCGCCAAGGAGGGCAAGGAGGUCGAGGAGGUCAAGAAGAGCAAGUCCGUCGAGAAGAAGCAGGCUGCUCGCUACGCCGCCAACGGCAAGGUCGAGUCCGCUGUUGAGAAGCAGUUCGAGGCCGGUCGUCUGUACGCCGUUGUCACCAGCCGUCCCGGCCAGUCCGGCCGCUGUGACGGUUACGUCCUGGAGGGUGAGGAGCUGGCUUUCUACCAGAAGAAGCUGCACAAAUAA